AUGAAUAAAAAUGGACAAUCCUUCCGUAUCUUCAGGGUACAACAGAACGCAUUAGCAGGAUUCUGGGACCGGAGACCACACUUAGAAACACCAGGUGUAUACAGGAUUCCUUGCUCCUGCGGAAAAGUGUACAUAGGCGAAACUGGGAGAAAGAUCAGUACACGAAUUAAGGAACACCAACGGAGUUCCAGGUACUGCCAUUUUAGUCAAUCAGCCUUGGCAGAACAUUGGAUGGUGACGGGACACUCAGUACAAUACGACAAAGCAACCAGACUAGCCCCCUCGCAAAGCUAUUUCGCCAGAAAACAUCCUGAAGCUCUAGAAAUUCUGAAACAUUCCGACAACCUCAACCGCGACAAAGGUUAUCAAACAAACCCUAUUUGGCACACUGCCCUUAAUAUACACACACACCACUAGGCGGCGUCAUUACGGAAUACUUUUCCGUAAAUGAAAAACCUCUCAUAAUAUAUAUAAGGACCACAACCCAAGAAAGUUCAAUAUCGGAGCUCUC